CUUUACUUUAUUAAGGUGUCUAUUAAUAAAAAAACGAGGGUUUGUAUAUGAUAAGUCACAUUAAAUUCUCCGUGUUAAUCAUGAAUUCAUAUGAAUUCUUAAUAGCUUAAUAGAGUUACCCAUUACACAUAAUAAAUUAUAAAAAAAAAAAAAAUUGAAAAUAAGAACCAAUGACAUAGGAUUCCAUGGGAAACCGAAAAAGGGAAAAUAUAGUAAAUGGUGAAAAAGACAGCCAAAACAAAGUUGGGUGUGUUUCCACCUUGAUUCCCUCCUAGCCUCUCCUACUCAAAAUAUAUUUAUACCUUCCUUAUCCCACAAUAACAUCUUUCUCCCAAAGUUUAAACUACAAUCAUAACCAUGAAUCCCCUAUUCAACCUUCUCAUCAUAUUCUCUUUCCUCCACUUUCACCUUCACCCCGCCGUCGCAUGGAACGUCGGGGUAAAUUACGGUACAUUAGGGGAUAACCUUCCGCCACCUGCUCAGGUGGCGGAAUUCCUCAAAACAAAAACAUCAAUUAAUAGGAUCAAAUUGUUUGAUGCCAAUUCCGAUAUUGUAAAGGCGUUCGCUAACUCGGGUGUUGCCGUGACAAUUACCGUGCCUAAUGGCGAGAUUCCAAACCUUGUGCAGCUCCCUGGUGCACAACAAUGGGUUGCUACGUAUGUUACACCAUUUGUUCCACAAACAAAUAUUAUAAGAGUUCUUGUUGGUAAUGAGGUCCUUCAUUGGGGCCCACAAAACCUUAUUGAUAAUCUUGUUGCUGCUAUGCGUACCCUUCACCAAGCCCUCGUACAAGCUGGCCAUAACCAUAUUCAGGUAUCUUCUCCUCAUUCUUUGGCCAUCCUAAGCCGGUCACAGCCUCCUAGCACAGGCCGUUUUCGACCUGGAUGGGACAAGGGUGUGUUAGCCCCAAUGCUCCAAUUCCUCCGCGAAACCAAGGCUCCUUUCGUCGUAAACCCCUACCCAUACUUUGAUGUUUAUCCUAAGAAUGUCAACUUCUGCCUGUUUAAGAGGAAUAGAGGAAGGUUUGAUAGGUAUACCAAGAAGAUGUACUACAACAUGUUCGAGUCUCAGAUGGAUGCUGUCUACUCUGCCAUGAAGGCCUUGGGCUAUGCAGAUGUUGGCAUUGUGAUCGGCGAGACUGGUUGGCCUACUGUUGGUGAGUCUUUCCAGACUUGGGUCAGCCCUGCAGAUGCUCAAACCUUUAACUCGAGACUGGUUCUGGCUGUUAACUCGGGGAAAGGAACUCCUUUGAUGCCUGGCAGGAAGUUUGAGACUUACAUUUUUGGGCUGUUUACUGAAAACCAGAAGCCUGGACCUGUUGCUGAGAGGAACUUUGGGUUGUUUAGGCCCGACUUCACCCCUGUCUACGAUAUUGGUGUUCUGAAGAAUGGACAAAAGUCUCAAACGCGUCCUAAUCCUGUAGGGCCACCAAAAUCGACUGCUCGGCCUGCUGGACCUGGCCCUGCUAAAGGAUGGUGUGUGCCUAAACAACAGGCCACUGAUGCACAACUGCAGUCCAACAUCAAUUACGUCUGCAGCCAAGGAGUUGAUUGCAAACCCAUUCAACCAGGCGGUGCUUGUUACAACCCGAACAAUGUUAGGGCUCACGCGACCUAUGCCAUGAACACAUUUUACCAGACCAAGGGUCGCCAGCCCUACCAGUGCGACUUCUCCCAGACUGCUGUUAUCUCUAACCAGAAUCCAAGUUAUGGUACAUGUAAAUUUUAAUCUCUCUUAAAGAACUGUAGGCAGAAUUGAAGUCAGGGGAUAUGGAUCAGGAGGGUCCCUUCAACAAGAUUUUUUAUUCUUGACCCAUUGACAAAAUAAUUGUGUAGUCUAGCACUCCCGUUGAUGGUCACUAAUUAGCAUAAUGAUUUAUCAUUUACGGUAUGUAAAUUAUGUAUGUUUUAAUAUAUGAAAAUUAUGACAUUUCAUUAUAUAUUUAAUAUUUGAUUUAGAGGUUACCCUUUCUCCGGUCCCUCGUUCA